CUCAUAGGUGACUGAGAUGGCAUCUUCUCUAAAGGUCCUAGGCCCUCUCCUGGCCCUGCUGUUCCCACUAUGUGGGCUCCUUGUACACAGCCAGAGCCUUUCCUGGAAGGAAUUCAUGAAACAGCAUCACCUGAGCACGAGCUUGGAAUUCAGUGAGUACAGAUGCAAUGAUCUCAUGAGGGAAAGAGAAGCUCUCAGAGGCAAGAACUAUCACAUCUUCAUCUAUACCUUUUGGCACAAAAUAGAGCAUGUAUGCAUCAGGAACUGGAGAGAUCGCUACAGAAAUGUAUAUGUAUGGGCCCAGUAUCCCUUCAAAAUACUCAAGUGCUACCAGAGGAAUAACAAAAACAGCUACAAAGAGCACAGGAGCUACAGCUACAUUGAAUUCCAUUGUGGCAUGAAUGGGUUUGUUGAUAGCAUAGAGGACAUCCGGUUGUUAGAGAUUAUCAGCAACUAGAAUGUCUACCCACACCCCCAGGUUUCUAGUAGAGUGUUCAAUGCUUCCCUAGUGGUGGCCCCUGCCUGUAUCAAUAGCCCUUGCUACUCCUCACUUUGCAUUUAUGGCCAUUGUUUUCCAACUACUUAGAGUUGUGUACCACAUGGUUUCUUGAUAUCAUAACUUUGCCUAUGUUGUUUCUCUGCCUGGAAUAUCCUUCUGUCCUCAUUCACCUCAUUUACUUUUACAUUUUUUUUUAAGAUUCACCUCAUCUGGCAUCUCUUUUUGACUAACCGAGGAAUUUUCCUGCUAUUGACUCUCCUUGUACCCACCCAAGCUGAAUGAUCAUCCUUUCCCUAAAUAAACUAAA